AUGACAGCUUAUCAAGAGGAAAUGCAGCACACAGACCUCAAGAUGAUAAUGGUCAUGUGGAUUAAUGUGGUGCUGUUUAAUAAAUUUGAUCCUGCACAAACAAACAGCGUCCAUCAGCCGAACCCGGUAAUCACUGCUACUGCUGGUGAUAACGUGACUCUACAGUGCUUUCUGCUGGGAGAACAAAAUACUGAACCCAUCGUCUGGUACAAGCAAGCAGGAGGACACGAACCUUCUUUAGUGGCCGUGGUACAGAAAGCACAGGAUCCCAUUUACAAAGAUGAAUUCAAUCCUCCAAGGUUCAGAAUCGAGAAAGGAAGCAAGAACUGUCAUUUGAAGAUAAUCAACGUGAACCCAUCAGAUGAGGCCAUGUAUUACUGUGGCUUAAUUCCAUUUUACACAGUAUUUGCAAAAGGAACAUUUUUAUCAGUGAAAGGUAAGCAUUUAUGAUUUUAAAAUAUUUAGAAUUAUAAUUAAAUUGCGGUCCAUACGUAUUCCUUAACCUUUGAAAAAUGUAGCAAUAUGUAAAUGAAAUAAUUGUGUGUACUUAUUCUUAUAUAGAAGUGCUAACGUAAUAAUGUACGAUUAGUUAAAUUUGUGUGUAAGGUGUGUGAUAUAGUCUGUGUACAAUAAUUUAGGAACCACAUUGUGUAAUUUGCAGCACAU